UAACGAUCUUUACCGAACACUAACUCAUUGUGAAGCAUGUCGUCCCUGAGAGUGGUCGAGUUCUAUGCUGGGGCUGGGGGCUUCCAUUUCUCCCUGCGAAGAUCGUCCCUUCUCUUCGAUAUAGUAGCGUCCAUUGACAUCAACACUAACACUAACCAGGUCUACCAGAACAACUUCCCCCAUACCCCACACCUCAAUCGAAACAUCUGUGGUCUAACAGCCAAGGAGCUGGAUGAUCUCAGAGCGGAUGUAUUCGUGCUCUCCCCUCCGUGUCAGCCCUUCACCAGACAAGGCCAGCGGAGGGACAACCUCGAUACAAGGACAGACAGUUUUUUUCAUCUUAUACAACUACUGACUGAAAUGAAGCUUCUCCCCUCCUACCUGCUAAUGGAGAACGUAAAAGGAUUUGAGAGCUCUCAGACAAGAGACCACUUCACGACCACCCUCACCUCGUUGGGUUACAGCUUCCACGAGUUCCUCCUCUCACCAGCACAGUUUGGAGUGCCCAACUCUCGACUCAGGUACUACCUCCUGGCGAAGAGGAAGCCUCUCAAGUUAGGCCUGUCAGGUCUGGAUCAGCCAUGCUAUGAUGUUGUACCACUACUGCAGUUUGUGCAGGACCUUCCUAGUAGCCAUCAUGAGGACAAAGUAGUAGGAAGUGUAAAGUCAACCGAAGCUGCUGAGAAACAAGAUAAAUUGAGUCCUUCUUUCACUGAGACAGAUAUCGGGCAAUUAUCCAUAGCAGAAAAUAUUUCUCCCUCGACCACACCCACUUGUAGUGUCGCAUCUACGGACGUUCGCCCACUCGAUUCGAAACAAGCAUCGACGGACUCUCAAGCUGUAGUUACAGUACAAGAAUAUCCUCAGAAAUUGCAGCCUAUUUCGUUUUAUCUCGAAGUAUUAACUGAAGAACAGCAAUCCCAGUAUCUAGUACCGGAAAAAAUCUUGUUGAAGUACGCGAUGGCUAUGGACAUUGUUCGGUCCACUUGUACGCGGUCUUGUUGUUUCACUCGAGCGUACGGGCACUAUGCCGUGGGUACGGGAUCAGUACUGCAAGUUUGUGGGGGAAUGGAGGAACUGGACGUUGCUUUCGAGGGAUACAAGAAAGCUUUGGAGGAGAGCAAAAGUGGAACAGAAUGGACUUACACAAUGGCUAACACCAGUGUUGGUGGCUAUGAUCUGAACUGGUUGGAGGAACCUCCUGAUGACCUCAAGUGUCUCAUCUGCCUGGAAGUUGCUAAAGAUCCCUACCAACACGGUAGUUCUCUGUGUGGCAAAGUAUUCUGCAAUGGCUGCAUUACUGAGUACCAAAAACAUAAAACAACUUGUCCAAACUGUCGGAAGGACCUAAGCCUAUUUCAAGAUGCAAGAAGUACACGUCAUAUUAAAGCUCUGAAGGUCAAGUGCAGCAACCUAGUCAACGGCUGUCACUGGGUGGGGGACCUUGGCUCCUUAGAUGCACACCUUCAGUCAUGUGACUAUGCUCUCCUGCCCUGUACUAACAAGUGCAAGAUCGAUAAUGAGAUUGCCAAGUUUCUGGUUAAAGAUCUUAAAGAUCACCUCACCAACGACUGCCCAAGACGCCAGUACAAGUGUCCACAUUGCCAGGAGACGGGGGAGUAUCAGGAGAGGACCACCGCUCAUCUAGAAACCUGUCCGAAGGUCAAAGUACCAUGCCCAAAUCCCCAGUGCCCAGUCGGAAAAUGUCGAAACCAACUAGACAGCCAUCGAAUCACCUGCAGGUAUGGGCUUGUAUCCUGCAAGUAUGCGAAAGUUGGAUGUGAAGAAAUGCAUCCACGAAAAGAUGUCUUGAGGCACGAGGAGGAAGAUAACCAACUUCACCUUCGAAUGACGACUAAAAAAGUUCUAGAGCUCACUGAGAAGGUUGCACUAAUUGAAACUAACGCACUGACAAACAUCACCGAAGUAAACUCUCGUCUGCUUAAAUCUACUAGACUAAGUACACUUCCUCGUACAAUCAGACUAACUAACUAUCUGAAAUGCAAGAGUGACAACGAUAGUUUUUAUAGUACUCCAUUCUACACUUCUUACAAUGGCUACAAAAUGUGCUUGAGAGUUGAUGCCAAUGGCUGGGGUGACGAGGGCACUCAUGUUUCAGCGGGUGCUUUUCUCAUGAAAGGAGACAAUGAUGACUCCCUGUCCUGGCCGUUCACUGGGACAGUCACAUUCGAGCUACUCAACCAACUGGAGGACAGGAACCAUUACAAAGAGAUAACUUCAUUCAGAGCAGAUCGUGCAGGCAGUCAGAGAGUGGUGGAUGGUGAGAUAGCAAUCGAUGGAUGGGGCAACUCUAAGUUCAUCUCCCACGCUGACCUCGACUAUAAUGCUAGCAAGAACACUCAGUACCUCAAAGACGACACUCUGGUGUUCAGGAUUGUUUCUGCACAUAUACCCGGCUACAAGCCAUGGCUGGAGUGAAAACCUACAAGUGAAAUUGAAAGCAGAUACUGCACCCAUACAUUAUAUUAUAUUCUAUAAUGAUUUGCAUGAAGUAUGUAAUUUUGAACUAUGACAACACUAUAUACUUGCUGACUAGUAUCUAAAUAAACAUUGUCAUAUAGCUAAUAAUUUAUAGCAGUGAGUGAGUGUGUUCUCUUUGAUAAUAAUUAUUGCAUAUAUAGACCAACUAUAAAAUGACAACAACUCGAUUCUGACGUUAAUUAUCUCUGACUAUGUUAUUGCAUACAUUACAGUAUAUACAAUCUCCAUGCAUACGUAUAUAUAUAUACAGCACAAGUAUCCCUCUAUAUGCAAGUAUACCUAUCUCAAAAUUUACUCCC